GAUCAACAAGCUCAGGAAGCCACAAACUCGAUCAGCACCUCUUCAGACCGAGUCAGUCACCAAGCUCAGGAAGCCAUGAGCUCGAUCACCAAAGCUGCCGACUCGGUCGAUCAAAAAGCUCUGACAACCCGCAACUUUAUCAUCUCCGCUCAGAUCCAAAUUGAUCAACGAGCUCAAGAUGAAAUCAGCUCCAUCAGCUCCUCCUCAAACUCGGUCCAUCAAUACGCUCAGAAGACCCUCAACUGUAUGAGCGCCGCUCAGAUCCGAGUCAAUCAACAAGCUCAAGAUGCCAUUAGCAAAGCUGCGGACUCGGUCGAUCAACAAGCUCAGGAAGCCACGAGCUCGAUCAGCAACUCUGCAGACUCGGUCGAUCAACAUGCUUGGACGACCUGCAACUUUAUCAGCUCCGCUGAGAUCCGAGUCGAUCAAUACGCUCAAGAUGCCAUCAGUACGAUCAGCUCCGCUUCAGACCGGGUGGAGCCGCCCCGUCCAGCCGUCAAGACCCGUCCAGCUGAGGCCCGUCCAGCUGCGACUCCAGUUGCGACCCGCCCCGCUGCGACCGCUGCGACUCGUCCAGCUGCGACUCCCGCUGUGGAUCGUCCAGCAAAGAAGAGACGGACAGUCCCGAAGACUGGUCCUCGAAAGCCGACUGGUCCUCCAAAGCCUAAAUGUCCCUUGAUGAGUCCAUCGACGUCUCCGGUUCCAGUCCAACCUGCACCUGCACCUGCACCAGCACCGGCACCCGCACCUGCGAUGUCAGCGAAGGACAAGAUCAAAGCUGGAGACAGGAGUUUUGCCAAUUUUACCGCUGCCAUGGAAGAUGAUCUUUCAUUUGAAUGGUGGCAGACACAGUAUAGCAUGCCUGGCAAUGAUUGGGACCUCAGGCGUUGGAUCAUGGGAGGUUGGGAGAAGGCUGAAGAGCUGAGAAACCACAGGAGGUUGUAUGGAGCCUGAAGAAGCG